GCGCUGCCCUGCUGCGAAGUGAAACGUCGCCGGAUCCACUCCACGUUUUUCCGUGCGCCCUUAUUAAGCUCCGUGUAGGUUAUAAGGAGAAGUAGAGGAAAUAACAAGGCGCAACAAACAAGAAGGGGCGUGUAGAAUAACAGGAAAGGUGUCGGUGUGUGUGUGUGUGCUGAAGGAGUGAUGGAAUAUGUGAAAAACGAGAGAUCAGGGCGCGUUUCUCUGCUGCCGCCGCGGUCCCGGAUCAUCUGAGCCUCCACCGGAGGAUGCUGCGUCUCCUGAAGCGCUCACAUCCCGCAGCUCCGCUCUGCUCCGCGGCAGCUCACUGAGAAUAUUACAGCGUGUGACGGCCGGACGACGAUGUACGAGCGGACAAACAGGGAGCACGAAGGUUGACUGAACAUUUGGAAGGUGUUUUUCUCUCUCUCUCUCUCUGAGUGUCUGAGAGGAUUUUCCUGCGCGCAGUGCUCCUCAGUCGCAUCACUGCCGACUUCUGUUACAGACGCAGCAGGAGGAGGGAGAAAAAAAAAAAGAAGAACGGACUUGAUUUUUUUUUUUCUUCUGCUCUCUUGUUAAAUAAUUUAGGAGUAUCUGUUCCCUCAGGAUCAACAUAUGCUGCUGGCUUUGUUUAACAUCGUCCGUGCAUGAUCCUGCAGCCCGGCUGGAGGUGGCGCUGACACGGAUGGAAGCCGAUGGCCAGGCGCCCCGAAUUUGCUCAGAAGGGGGAUGCAACCUAAAAUAACCCCGGUGCCAAAUGCUUCCCGCACGUCAGCCUCAGGAGCCCUGAAUCUGUGACACCUUCGGCUUCUCCGGAGAGACUCCCCCCCCCCCCCCCCUUCCUCCUCCUCCUCCUCCUCCUCCUCCUCCUGUCCCCCCCCCCCCCCCGACACUCGGAGCCCGGACACCGGCGACUUUUUAAUGGCUUUUGUGUUCAGAAGAUGGAGGGUUUUACUGGUGCUGAACGUGCUCGCUGUUGCUGGCUUCAUGACUUUCUGGGCCAAGUGCAACACACGCAGCGUCCAAGCCGCCGGUCCGGAGGCUCCGGCUGACGGGAAGAGGCCCCGGGGCAACGGGACGCAGGGGCCCAGCAUCAGCCAUGAGGUGCUGCUGAAGAGGCUCAGCUCGCUGGAGGACGUGGUGUACCGGCAGUUAAACGGUCUGUCCAAAUCUCUGGGUCUGAUUGAGGGCUUCGGAGGUCGGGGUAGAGGCGGCCUGGCCGCCACGCUGUCGCCAGCUGAGGAGAGCGACGCUAAAUACCUGAGGGAGAAGUACGGCUACAACGCCUACCUCAGCGACAGAAUCUCUCUGGAUCGGACUAUACCCGACCACCGGCCUGGAAAAUGCAGAAAGGUCAGUUACCCGAGAGACCUCCCCCAGAUCUCCCUCAUCUUCAUCUUCGUCAACGAGGCUCUGUCGGUGAUCCUGCGCUCCGUCCACUCGGCUGUCAAUCACACUCCGGCUCACCUGCUCAAAGAAAUCAUCCUGGUGGACGACAACAGCGAUGACGAGCAGCUGAAAGGACCGCUGGAGGAGUAUGUGAACAAGCGCUACCCCGGCCUGGUGAAGAUCGUCAGGAACCAGAAGAGAGAGGGACUGAUCCGGGCCAGAAUCGAGGGCUGGAAGGUCGCCACCGCCGAGGUGACGGGAUUCUUUGACGCCCAUGUGGAGUUCACCCCAUCCUGGGCCGAGCCGGUUCUGGCCAGAAUAAAAGAGGACCACAAGAGGAUUAUUCUGCCCUCCAUCGACAACAUCAAGCACGACACGUUCGAGGUGGAGCGCUACGAGAACUCGGGCCACGGCUACAACUGGGAGCUGUGGUGCAUGUACAUCAACCCGCCCAAACAGUGGUGGGAUGACGGAGACAUAUCGGCUCCCAUCAGGACUCCCGCCAUGAUCGGCUGCUCCUUCGUUGCCAACCGCGACUACUUCGGCGAACUCGGCCUGCUCGACUCGGGCAUGGACGUCUACGGGGGGGAGAACAUCGAACUGGGCAUCAGGGUGUGGCUGUGUGGAGGCAGUAUGGAGGUGCUGCCUUGUUCCAGAGUGGCUCACAUCGCACGGAUGAAGAAACCCUACCACAGUAACAUAGCCUUCCACACGCGGCGUAACGCUCUACGCGUGGCUGAGGUCUGGAUGGAUGAGUACAAGUCCAACGUCUACUUGGCCUGGAACAUUCCUGUGGAGAACCACGGUAUUGAUUAUGGAGACAUCUCUCAGAGGGUUGCACUGAGGAAGAGUCUGCAGUGUAAAAGCUUUGAGUGGUACCUCGACAAUGUUUACCCGGAGAUGAGGAGGUACAACAACACGCUCUUCUACGGCGAGAUUCGUAACUCUAAAGUGAGCCACCUGUGUAUGGAUCAGGGUGUGAAGGAGAACCACACGGCCACCCUGCACCCCUGCCAUGGAUGGGGUCCUCAGCUGGGACGUUACACCAAAGAGGGUCAGCUGUUCCUGGGCCCACUGGGCAGCACCGGGGAGGACACUCGCUGCGUGGUGGAUGACCAGAUCGGCAGCUUUCCUCAGCUCCUCAACUGUGACAAGGUGACCAACGUGAAGCAGAAGACGUGGCAUUUCUCUCAGAAUGAGUCCAUCAUAAAUCGAGCCACGGGGCGCUGUCUGGAGGUGGUGCCGGCUAAUGUUUACUUCGGCCACCUGCUGGUCCUGCAGCCCUGCUCGGGGCAGAGGUGGACCAUCAAGAACACCAUGAAGCAGUAGCUGAUGAGCCAAUUUCACUGGGACCAAUCACACCAGAGGCCACUUUCAAGAGCUCUCAGCUGAGCUCAGCUUGGCCGAGCGGCACCUGAUGAGGCCGAGGCUCCUCGUCGUCUCAAGAGAAGACUUUUGUGAAAAACUUUUUUUUUUUUUUUUUUUUACAAACUGGACGUUCAAAGUGAUGUAAGUUUAGGAUGAGGACUGUUUCUCUCUCCAUAUGAAUUUGACAAACCUUCGAUGUGACGUUGCCAUAAUUCCUGUGCGUGCCACUUUCUCCACGGUGUGUUUAGGUUUAAGGAUGAAGAUUUGAUCAGCCGAAACUGUGUUCUGUUUCAUGUGGGGGGGAAAAGUAAGAUUUUAUCUUCAUUCUCAAAAUGUUUCUGCAUUAUUUCAUUAUGUGUCAUGUUAGGUCUUUUAGAAUAAUUAAAAUUAAUUUUAAUUUUCAGUAAGCGCUGAUCAGAAAACAUCGGCAGUGUUGUGAAAGGCUUCAUCAGUGGUUUGACAUUUUAGCUUAAGAUGCCUGAAAAUGAAGAUUAACCCACAAACUAUAACGCCCAAAAGUGAUUUUUUCACAGAAGUAUAGAACCCUGUAAAUAUUUAUAAUUUGAAGUAAAAGGCAUUAACAAUAAAUAUUACUUGGCGUAUUGGAGCCUAUUUUUUUUGCAGCUGUUGUAAAUCAUCUCAAACAUCACGCCGUCGAGGGCUACUGGGCUGAAUCAUGGUUUUAUAAAUGUCGUGGACGCAUUUGUCUUUUUUAUUGUUAAUUUUUAUGAAAAGCAUUCGGUAGCACCAAAUGCAGCACAUCCUGUAGCAUGAUUGUAAGUACUGUAUGCACAAGGGGACAAAGUUGAGUUGAGCCGUUUUAUUGUGUUACCUGCUGAGUGCCAUAACUACUGCAGACGGCCAAAACCUGAAGCACUUUCUUGGACACGGAGAUAGAAGUGUGGACUCUGAGAGAAAUACUGAGUCGGUAACUGAAAAGUGCACAAGUGCAACGAUUGUGGAAAUGCUGGAGGCCUUUGAGGCCGGUAUCGUUAAUGUAUUGAGAUGUAUAUGAUGUCAUAUAAUCAAUUAAUUCAAUGUUAUCAGUUGGAUUUUUGCUCCCAAGAUUGUCUUCCAAUAAACAACUGAUUUCCUGGA